AGCGCAACGCCACUGCGGUGUGGGGCGACGACUGGAAGGUGCUGCUCGCCAGAGGGGAGCCGGUGUGAGGCUGUUCCGCCGGGCUCACGUCCCCGCGUGGCAUCGCUCUGAGCAACGUUCACCGGAGUGGGAUGCGGGUGACCCUCAGUGACUGACAGAUGUGUGAGAGUGCGGAGAGCAAUCUUCUCCUAGUGGAGAUCUGAGUUCUGGGACAGUAAGGACAUGUAGAAGGCUGUUUCAGCAAUUUGGGAUGGGCUAUAACUCUAAGGAGAGGCCCAGUCAGUCUGAGCUUCUCUGCUUUGGGCCCGGGAUCCAUCCAGUCGGUAAUCAACACCAGCAUCUGAGGGCGGGGGUGGGGGGCCUCUCUGAGGAAGAUGCUGGGUUCGGAGCGUGGCGUCGUGGAGGAAUGGCUCGCAGAAUUCAAGACCUUACCAGAAACCCACAUCCCCAGCUACGCAGGCAGCCUUCACUUGAAGAAGUCGCUGGUGCCAGCCCUCUACCGAGUCAUCCAGGACCCCGACAACGAGUUGCUGGAGCCGGUGUGCCACCAGCUGUUUGAGCUUUACCGGAGCUCUGAGGACUGCCUGCGACGCUUCACCUUGCAGUUUCUGCCCGAGUUGGUGUGGGUGUACCUGCGUGUUACUUCCAGCAGGGACCGUCAGAGCAAUGGCUGCAUCGAGGCCCUCCUCCUGGGCAUAUAUAACUUGGAGAUCGUGGACAAAGAUGGCAACGGCAAGCUCCUCUCCUUCACAAUCCCCUCUCUGUCCAAACCAUCGAUAUAUCAUGAGCCUUCCAGCCUGGGAUCCAUGGCACUGACAGAGGGGGCGCUCUGUCAACAUGAUCUGAUCCGAGUGGUGUACAGCAGCCUCCACCCUCAGAGAGAGACCUUCACUGCACAGAACAGGUUUGAGGUGCUCUGUUUCCUCAUGCUGUGUUACAACUCUGCAGUGGUCUACAUGCCACUGUCCUCCUAUCAGUCAGUCUGCAGAAUGAGCUCACGGUUGUGUGUAUGUGGUUUCCCACGGCAGCAGCAGAAACUGUGGAAGGAGCCGUGUAACCGUGUGCUCCUGGACCCAGAGUUCAUGGUCCAGAUGCUGACAGCUGUCUAUCAUGCCAUAUACAAUGGAGAGUGGGAGAUGGGCCGGGAAGCUUUGGAGGAUAUCCUGUACAGAGCUCAGCUGGAACUUUAUUCCCAGCCUCUACUGUUGGGGAACGCCAUGAAGAAUUCUCUGCCGGAGAGUGCUCCCGAUGAGCCACGUGGGCGAAAGGUGCUCCAGGUGGAGGUGACGCCCACUGUGAGCCGCAUCUCCAUCUCGGCCAUCACCACUGCCUCCAUACGACGCCACCGCUGGAAGAGAGAGGAUUGUUUUGACUACACAAGCGAUGCAGAGUUGAACCUCACCAUCAACCCUCCUAGCCACGCCCACCAACACCACAUCCCCUGGGACCUAGCAGCCAACCCGGAGGGAGGAGGGCGGGCUCACAGCCACCACAGCAGCAGCAGCAACAGCAGCGUCUUGCCCCCCAUCACACUUGAGGACGCUGAUGGCAUGAGCGGUGGAGAGGACUCAUUCAAUGUCAACGACCCAGAUGAGGGCUUCUCCUCUGGGGCAUCCAACAGCAGCCAGCCUAGCGGCACCAAGGCCAGCAACAGCAUGGGGCCCAGGGCCGGCAGCCUGAAGAGUAGCAGCAGCAGCAUCAAGAAGGCUGUGAUUGCCAGGAUGUCCCGGGAGAAGGAGAGAGAGAGAGAGAAAGAAAAGGAGAGGGAAAGGGAACAUGACAAGGAGGCAGAAAGACAACGGGAGUUGGCGGCAGACCCAGAGGCCGCCCUGAGGAGGCACCACCAAAGGAAACAGUCCCCCCCUGCCACCAUUACUCUGGAUGCCAUCGAGCUGAGCCCCAUCAAGAAGCACCUAAGUUUCCCCGCCGGGCCCACAUUGGUACGGACUGGCAGCACCUCCUCCAGCAAGUCCUUUGACUGCAUGAACAUCAGUCUGAACGGAGACGGGGACAGCAAAGACAACAUGGCUGGCUGUUCAGAGCAGGGAGGGGGGCUCACGGUGGGCGGCACCCACCGCCACUCCACCAUCAGCCUGCAGGAGGAGCAUCUGGUCAGGCCAGAGGAGGCCCAGGACCUCCUGUCACCUGGAGCCCCCCUCAAUAAGCAGUCUCGCUCCCCUAGCUUCAACAUGCAGAUCAUAUCACAGGUGUAACUUGGGGGAGGGGGAGAUGUGGGAAGACAUAUACGCGCGCACACACACACACACACACACAUACAUCCUUUUAACACAGCCAUGCCUUCAGUUUUCUUUCCUCUAGUUAGU